UUAAAAACAUUGGAUCUUUCUAGAAAUAAGUUGAGUGGAAAGAUCCCAGAAGGUUUCACAUUGCCAUUUCAAAUGGAGCAGUUGUCACUUGAGUCUAACUCUUUAGAAGGUGGUGUUCCAAAAUCAUUUGGGAGUAUAUGUACUUUGCGCUCAUUGGAUUUGUCCUUUAAUAAGUUGAGCGAAGAUCUGACAAUCAUAUUUAAUCAUUUGUCUGGAUGUUCUAAAUACUCUUUACAACAUUUAGAUUUGAGCUAUAAUCAAAUUAGUGGUACUUUGCCCAAUACCCUCCCAGAGUACCCAUCAUUAAAAGGAUUAUACCUUGGUAGUAACAAGUUAAAUGGGACACUUUCUGAAGAUAUUCAAUUUCCAUCUGAUCUUGAAGUUCUCUCUUUGAUGUCAAAUUCUUUAAAAGGUGUGAUAACUCACUCUCAUUUUUCUAAUAUGUUCAAGUUAAAGGCAUUGGACUUAUCAAAUAACUUUUUGGUGGUGGAAUUUAGUCAAAAUUGGGCUCCAUAUUUUCAAUUGGUUGAUAUUGGAUUGAGAUCUUGCAAGUUAGGUCCAUUAUUUCCAAAAUGGUUAGAGACACAAAAGGAAUUUCAAUUCCUUGACAUUUCAAAUAAUGGAAUAUCGGAUAUGGUUCCAGAAUGGUUUUGGACUAAAUUUGCAUUGCAAGAGUGGUUCAUUAUCAAUAUUUCAUGCAAUCACCUACAAGGUACGAUUCCAAAUUUGCCACUACAAAAUCGUUAUUAUUCUCUAAGUCUUGGAUCAAAUCAAUUUGAAGGUAAUGUUCCACCUUUUUUACGAGACUCAACACAUCUUGAUUUAUCUAACAACAAAUUUUCAGAUUGUUUGUUGUUUUUAUGUUCAAGUGGUGUAGCUAGAGCUUUAUACCAAUUAGACCUUUCAAACAAUCAAUUUUCUGGACAAAUUCCAGAUUGUUGGACCCAUUUUAAGUCAUUAAUAUUUUUAAAUAUUAGUCAGAACAAAUUUUCUGGAAAGAUUCCUACUUCAAUAGGAUCACUCCUUGAUCUUCAAGUAUUGUUAUUGAGAAAUAAUACCUUAAGAGGAGAGAUCCCUUUCUCCUUAAGGAAUUGUACAAAGUUACUGAUGCUAGAUAUGGCAGAAAAUAGAUUAUCAGGAUCUAUCCCAGAUUGGAUCGGGAGCAAAUUGCUUGAGUUGCAAUUUUUAAGUUUGGGGAGCAAUUUCUUAUGUGGAAGUUUACCAUUACAAAUUUGCUAUCUAAAAAACAUUCAUAUAUUGGAUCUCUCUCUAAACAAUCUAUCUGGACAAAUUCCUAAAUGCAUUAAAAAUUACUCCUCAAUGACUCAAAUAACUUCUUUGAUAGAUCAUCAACGUUAUUGGUAUUUGAUGAACAACACCUUUGGGGUAGCUCAUAAUUCAUAUGAUUUGAAUACAUUCUUGAUGUGGAAAGGUUCAAAACAGAUGUUCACAAAUAAUGGAUUAUCACUUUUAAAAAGCAUUGAUCUCUCAAGCAAUCAACUCUCAGGAGAAAUUCCAGAAGAAAUGGAGGAUUUAUUUGAUUUGAUUUCACUGAAUUUAUCAAGAAAUAAUUUGAUAGGAAAAAUUCCAUCAAAUAUUGGAAAGUUAACAUCACUUGAAUUUCUUGAUUUGUCAAGAAACCAAUUUGUUGGUUCAAUUCCUUUGAGUCUUGCUCAAAUUGAUCGACUCGCUUCAUUAGAUUUGUCACAUAAUUAUUUAUCUGGAAAAAUUCCAACUGGCACACAGUUACAAAGUUUUGAUGCAUCAAGAUAUGAAGAUAAUGUGGAUCUUUGUGGACUACCAUUAGAGAAAUUGUGUAUUGAUAGAGUGCCAAGACAAAAAUCGAUUGUUGAAUUUCAAGAAGAUGACAAUUUGAUUUUCAAUCGUGGGUUUUACAUAAGUAUGACAAUUGGAUUUGUUAUUAGCUUUUGGGGAGUAUUUGGCUCAAUCUUACUGAUACGUUCUUGGCGUCAUGCAUAUUUCAAGUUCUUAAGUAAUUUAGCAAACACUCUUUAUGUCAUGGCAGCAGUGAAAGUAUUCAAGAAGUUUUCUAGAGCAUAGCAGAGGAAAUCUGGAUUAUUAUAGGUGUGAAGUAGUGUGAGUGAAGAAAUGGAAUUAUUGUUGAAGAUCGAAAAAACAGAGAAAAGAGCUACUUCACUUGAAUUUGGAGAAAGAUAACUGAGGAAGGUUUUAUUAGAUUUAUUUUCUUUAAAACUUUCUUUCUUGUCUAUUUUUAUUUUGUAAUAAGUUUUUGAAAACAAUUGGGCUUGGGGGAGCCCAUUGCAGUUGGGCUUAGCCUUUCAAUCUGAGUUUAUUACAUGUGAGUUGUUUAUAAUAAAAUGACUUGAUGAAUGUUCAAA